AUGACCCCAGAACUUUGCUGGUCUUAUUGUGCAGAGAAUGACUUUGCGUUAGUCGAGUACCGAUUCGAGUGCUGGUGUGGUAAUGAACCAGAUUUAACGGCCGGGGAGUGGAAUGGCAUGGGAACUGGAUGUAGACUCUCUUGUCCAGGAGACCCUAAGCAGCUGUGUGGAGGAUCGUCAAAGGGUCAAUUAUGGCAGAAAAGUCCAAAUACGAGUACUUGUACCGGUGCAGCUACAGGUACAAUUACAGUUACAUCUAUACCUAGUGGUACCGUCAUAGGUGCGGAUACCUCUAUCAACACAGAAACUGGUACAGGCACCGGUACCGGGAUGAUCUCAGCCACUAGUACAGACGUCUGCAUGGCCUCAACUUCAACAGUGAUUGCCACUACUACAGUCACUAGCUCAAGUAUAAACACCAUUACCGCUAUAGGUACAAGUACCAGAACAGUUACCGUUUCUGUAACUCAAACAGUCACCACAGAAAAAGAAACAAUCACCGAGGGAUCAACUGCAACACCCACCAAAAGCACAACCGAGACCCAGCCAGGGGGUAUAAUAACGGUCACGGUUUCGGUGCCGGGCUCGGGAUUAGGAUUAGGAUUAGGAUUAGGAUUAGGAUUAGGUGGUACUAUAACUCAGACCAUUACUGUACCCACAACCGUGACUACAACUGAGACGAGCACGAUUACCGCAACCGCGCAAACAGUCACUCUGGGACCAACUACAGCUACUACGAUCGUCCCUGCCACUAUUACCACGGCUCAACAAGCCACUACAGUUGUGCCAGUUACUGUAACCAUGACUGAAACCCACACUCAAACUGUCGGUGGUACGGUAACCGAAACGAUUACUGCGCCUUCAACCGCUACCGUGACUGUUACAAUAGCCCAGGAAACCGUUACAAUUGGAUCAAGUACUAUUACCGUUACUCCUAGUGCGACCGCUGUGACUAUUAUAUCAACUAUAAUUGCUACCACCGCCCAAAUAACUGUUACAGUGACUAUCCCUGGGACCGUUACAGCGCCUACCGCCACUGCUACUGUGAUUGACCCUACUGCGCCUGGUACUACCAGUCUUACGAUCAUUGACCCCACGGUCGUGAAUUCUAGUGGAAGUACCGUUAGCCCCACUGCUGUCGAUACUAUAAACCCUACCAUAAUCAACCCCGGCGGCAGUACUGCUAAUCCCACCGAUACUAUCGUCCCCAGCAGUACCAUCGCUCCUACAAUUAUCAGCCCUACCAUUACUUCUGCACCCACAACACUCUCCACGAUAAUAACCACACCAACCACGAGCAUCUCCAUCCCGACCUGUUCCGCAAUCAUUCAAAACCCUAGCUUCGAGAUACAUUACCCCUCGUCCUGGCUUAGUACUUCCUCCCCUAACACCUUAGGCUCAAUCACCAACGAGGUCUCACUGUUCGGCCACUCCAGCUACGUCUUCAGGUUCGAAGCAGUUGCGUCCAUCAAAAGCGUGGUAUCAAUUAGUCAGGUCAUCGUGUUAUGUGCUGGGGUGAAAUAUACAGUGCAGGCCUUCACGCUGAUAUCGUCGUCGGGAUGUAGACUCAGUAUCUCCCUUGGCGGUAUCACUGUUGCGGUCAGCAGCAAUAUUGUUGGAGGCGGGUGGAAGGGGACUAGACAGGUUGCGACGGUGGAUGGGACUGGUGUGCCGGUCAUCUUGAAGGUGUUUGGAACCUGCGAUGGGCUCAGGCUCGGGUAUCUGCCGUCGAAUCUGAUGCUGGACGAUAUCGUGCUUCGCGUAGUCACGUAA